GGCUCCUCGGAGCAGCCCCUGCCAGGCGGCCGCAGCCAGGGCAGCCUGGAAGCGCUCUGCUGGGGAAGAGCCCUUGGCCUGGCGAAGAGCCCAGCGCGGUGCCCCGUCCACAGCCCGGCAGGAUUGCCCCGGACGGGAAGCAGGAGUGGGGUGCGGAGCGGGUGGGUAAAGACCAGUGCCUGCCCGCAUCUGAGCCGGUGACUGCUGCAACACCCACACCGGGGAAGAAGCCGGUGACUGGGAGGGAGCCUGCGGCAUGGAGCAAUCCUGUGCCAGCUGGGAAGCCAGACACCGGGAAGAAACCCAGUUCAGGGAAAACACCAGCAUGUGGAGACAAGGCUGAUACUAGGGAAAAGCCAGAGGUGGUAGCAAAGCCGGAGACCGGAGGGAAGCCAGUGACUGGGGAGAAACCUGUGCUGGGGAAGAAGCCAGAGACUGGUGGGAAGCCGGAGACUGGGGAGAAGCCAGAGGCUGGGGGGAAACCUGAGGCUGGGGAGAAACCUCUGCUGGGGAAGAAGCCGGAGACUGGGGAGAAGCCGGAGAGUGAGGGGAAGCCUGAGGAGGGAAAGAAGCCUGAGUCUGACCAGGGUGACAGUGGGGAGGAUGAUGACAGUGAUGACGACGACGACGACGAUGAUGAUGAUGAUAAAAAUGAGCAUGGCGAUGACAAUGGUGAUGAUGACGGUAAUGAUGAUGGUGAUGACGAUGGCGAUAACGAUGGCGACGACAAUGGUGGUGAUGAUGAUGAUGACGAUGACGAUUACAAUGACGACGAAGACUACGGAGAUGAUGAUGGCAACAGUGACAAUGAUGAUGACAGUGAUGAUGGUGGUGAUGGUGAUGAUGCUUGGUGA